AUGGCCGAGAAAUCGAAGAUGCCGGCAAUCGGCUCUCCUUUAUACAUGUACCCGUCCGAUAGCAAGGGAACUCCGUUAACGCAAAUAAUUCUCACCGGUAAGAAUUACUCGACAUGGGCCAAAGCCGUGAGACGUGCACUGGAUGCGAAGAACAAGGCGGGAUUCGUAGAUGGCGUUGUCCAUGCGGCUGAUGCUCGGGCCAUGUGGCAUGAGUUAAAGGAGCGGUUCUCGCAAGGUAAUGUUCCUCGCAUCCACCAAUUGAAGGACGAGCUUGCCGACUACACUGACACAGUCACUUGCACGUGUGCCGGGUGCACUUGUGACGUAGCAAAAUGGCUCGCAGCCGAACGAGAAAUAGAGAUGCUGCACCAAUUCCUUAUGGGACUUAAUACCGAGUCCUAUGGUGCGAUUCGUUCUCACAUUCUCAGUAUGGAGCAACUUCCCUCCAUCAACAAGACAUAUUCUCUUAUGAUUCAAGAAGAACGCCAACGAUCUGUCCUACGAGACCAGGAGACGCCCAAGGACCAUGCCAUCGCGCUUGCUGCUGGAGGAAAAGGAAGUGUGCCUCGCUACAUCUGUGAUCAUUGUGGAAAAACGGGGCACUCGAAAUCCCGUUGCUAUGAGCUGAUUGGAUACCCGAAAAAUUGA